AUGGGGAGUUUUGACCGAAUCCCCCAUCCAAGAUCAUCGAGGAUUGGCCUGGGGGUGACUGUGGCUGCAUGCCCUAGCGUGUGCAAGUGCUCUCCUGAGGACACCAUACGCUGUAACAAAGCCGGACUGAGAACUCUUCCUGCAGAACUAGCAGCAACUGCCGUUUCUUUAAACCUGUCUAACAAUUUGUUAAGGAUUCUUACUGCCAACACGUUCCGAAAUCUGACUUUCCUCCGCAGCCUCUGGCUGGAUCGCAAUAACCUCACCUUCCUGUACCCGGGAACCUUUAGUGCCCUCAGCAAUUUACGGGAGCUGGAUCUCGGCUGGAAUUCACGCCUGACACACCUGCAUGCUAAUACUUUCAGGGGGCUUUCCAACCUCAUCAGCCUGGAUUUAUCGAGCUGCAAUAUCUUCGAAAUCCACCCAGUGGUGUUUUCGUAUUUGCUCUCUUUACAGGUACUUGACCUAACAUCCAACAACCUGCGUUACAUCCCGCAAGCCUUCAGAAGCCUGUCCAGCCUCACGAGACUGUCUUUGGAAAGAAACCACAUCGAAGCCAUAGGCCGAGAUUCUCUGAAGGAUCUGAAAGCCCUGUACGAGCUGAACCUCCGGAAGAAUCGGAUCUGGACGAUUCAGAACGAUGCCUUCGCAAUGCUGAACAGGCUGGGGGUGUUAGAUUUAGGGCACAACCAUAUAUCUGAUUUGCCUAAUCAGCUUUUCGUUGGUCUGAUCCAGCUCAAGACCAUGCAUCUUGAGGCCAACAGGAUCACCAGAAUCAACUGCUCUUUCAACAGCCUACUUAGCCUGAGAAACCUGUACCUGAACAACAACCACAUCUCAGCCAUCUCCCACGCUGCCUUCUCCGAUCUAAAGAAGCUGCAAUUCCUUCACUUGAACAAAAACAAUUUAAGUUCCCUUCCCAAGCACUUGUUCGCAGAGCUGCCCAAGCUGAAAUACGUGUUUCUAUCCCACAACCCCUGGAACUGUGACUGCAACAUGCUUUGGUUCCCUUCCUGGAUAGCAACAUACAAAGGGGCGGUUGAGGGGAUGCCAUGUGCCCUUCCAGUGCUUCACAACCAAACCCGGCUUGACGUCUUCACUCACAGCGAAUUGAUCAACUGCUCAAUACCACCUGGGCUGGCAAGUGCAGACAAGUGCGAAGAGACCGAUGCCAACACUGCUGGCACGCCACAUGCUAUUUCUGACACAUUACUUGGGAUCACACUCGCGUGGUGUGCUUGGCAUUUGGCAGAGACACCGGGCAAAUCAUUUUCUGGACUAGGAUCAGAUGCGUCAGCAUUUUUUCUGUAAUCUGUUUAUAAAAAGCGAACAAUGGAUUUAGU